AUGGUCGCGGGGUGGAUCCGAGGCAUCGGAUGGCGGUGGAGGCUGCGGGUGCUGGACCUACGGAAUGCCAGUCAGAACUUGUGGGGCACGUGGUCUGCAGCCACGGCCCAUGAGUGUCUGCGGGUGAGACCAGUGACCGAGGACGGCUGCAGGAUGGAGAAGCUCUCGGCUCCCUUGACAGUCUGCAUAGACCUUUGUCUCGAGGAGAAGAACCUGGACGAAGCCUUCACCUACCUCCUGACGUGGGCCACACGGAGAAGAUCAUCAGUCCACCUGUGCUGUAAGACGCUGAAGAUUUUCUGGAUGACCCCGCGACAUAUUAAGAAGGUCCUGAAUAAGGUGUAUCCGGGCUGCAUCCUGGAGUUGGAGGUGAAGGACACGAAGAAGCUGUCCACCCUGAGAAUGUUCGCUCCAUACCUGGGCCAGAUGACUAAUCUGCAGACCCUCAUUCACCCUUUUAUCAAAGUGCCCAUCUCCGAGGAGGACAAGCAGCAUGUUGCCCAGUUUACCUCCCAGCUCUGCAAGCUGCAUCACCUGCGGAAGCUCCACAUGCCAUCUUCGAUCUUCCGCAAAAACUGCCUGGACGAGACACUCAGGUGCCUGAGGGCCCCCUUGGAGACCCUCUCCAUAAAUAACAGCCAGCUUACAGAAUGGGACCUGGUGUGCCUGUCCCAGUGCCCGAGCAUCACUCAGCUAAAGGAGCUGGAUCUGAGGGGCCUCAGGCUGAGCGCUGUUAGUAUGAAGCCCCUGCAAGUCUUGCUGGAGACUGUGGCCGCCACCCUCCAGACCCUUAACUUAGAAAACUGUGACCUCUUGGACACUCACCUGGAGGCCAUCCUGCCAGCUCUGAGCCGCUGCCACCAGCUCCGGGCUUUAAAUAUCUCCUGGAACUUUCUCUCUAUGGCCGUUGUGCAGCAGCUGCUGCAACACAACCCCAAGCUGGACCACCUGAGCCUGGGGGUAUCUCCUUUCCCUCUGGACAUAUAUCCAUUUCAUGGGCUGAAUUACGAUGAUCGUUUGAAAAUUGUGUGGGAGGGAAGUGCCCAGGCUCAAGCUGAGCUACUGGGGAUUAUGAAGGACUUGGGACAGUCCUGGACAGUACGAUAUGAAGAGCCCAUCCGUCUUUACUGUGACAGGAUAAUCGAUGAUUCGGGCCCCCUUAGGUGCCCAUGGGAAUUGCCUGACUAGUUGAGUGCAUCCUCCAAAAAUUUCCCUCCGGGCACUUGGAAACUGCGAUCUCGCCUAUAGGGAUAUGGGACCUGCAAAGGACACAGACCCCCGAUUUCAGACAGCUGCUUCGUGUGCGUGGGGGCAGGAAGGAUGAUUCCGGAUGACAGGAUGGUGGGCAGAGCAACGGCCCCGGGGAACUGCCGGGACCUUCAGGGACCUGUGUCCUCCAGAGGAAGAAAUGUGACUCUGCCUUUCUGGAGGGGGACUCGAGCCUGAGACCCAUGCGUGGGAGUUAUCCCCGGGUG